UCUCUGCCCAGCAGGGGCUCGGAGGAGCACAUUGGCAGGGAGCGCCGUCCCUCGUCACGCUCGGCAAGCAGCACCGUGCGCGGUUUUCCUCCCAAGCGGCUGGACGAGCCGGCGUUCGAGGCCUGUUUCCCUCAGGGGUAUGUAAGCACAAAGGACUUUGUCUUGGUUCCCAACUGAAUAAGCAAGAUGCCAGAACAAAGUAAUGACUAUAGAGUGGUUGUGUUUGGUGCAGCAGGGGUUGGUAAAAGUUCUUUGAUUCUUCGUUUUGUAAGGGGAACCUUCAGAGAAACAUAUAUCCCAACUGUUGAAGACACUUACCGCCAGGUGAUCAGCUGUGACAAGAAUAUCUGCACUCUUCAGAUCACGGACACCACUGGAAGCCACCAGUUCCCUGCCAUGCAAAGACUCUCCAUCUCCAAAGGCCAUGCAUUCAUGCUGGUGUACUCUGUCACUAGCAGGCAGUCGCUGGAAGAACUGCAGCAGAUCUAUGAGCAGAUCUGUCAGUUCAAAGGAGAUAUACAGAAGGUUCCUAUCAUGUUGGUUGGAAACAAGAGUGAUGAUACUCAGAGAGAGGUGGAUGCCAGUGAAGGUGAAGUCCUCGCCAGCAAAUGGAAGUGUUCCUUCAUGGAGACAUCGGCAAAAAUGAACUACAAUGUGCAGGAGCUUUUCCAAGAGCUCUUAAAUUUGGAAAAGAGAAGAAGUGUAAGUCUUCAGGUAGAUGGUAAGAAAUCCAAACAGAAGCACAAGAAAGAUAAACUGAAAGGCAAGUGCUUGGUGAUGUGAAUUGCUGAGAUCUGAGCCUUCUGGGAGAUAAAACAGAAACACGAACUUAAACUUACAGAACAUUCUCAUGUGCACUUGAAAAUUGUUGGGUAUUAGAGACAUUCAGAGAAAAAUGGCUUUAGGGUUGGGGGCGGGGUUAUAAGGCAUUUGAAUAUUUACUUGGUGAAAGUUUUGCAUGUUUCUUUUUACCAAGCAGCCUUCUUAGGAUGUAAACACCACCACAGUUGUCAAACUCCCUCCAUACAGCAACCAUU